AUGGAGUUGACAACUUCUCAGCGGAAAGUAAUUGAGUUCCCUUACAAGCCUGCAAGCACCUUGAAGGUAGUAGCAGGUCCUGGCUCUGGUAAGACGGUUACGCUAUUGUAUAAAGUUCGUCAUCUAGUGGAAACAGAACAAGUGAGGCCGGAUGAAAUACUCAUACUAUCUUUGACGAACAAGGCAGUGGAUAACGUUAUUGACAAGCUUUUAGGUGUAUUUGAAGAGUCUUAUGGCGAAAAUCAGCUUACUGAUUAUGAACUUCGAGAAAUUGUAGGUCAAAUUCAUGUUAAUACCAUUCAUGGGUUAGCAAAUAGAAUUAUUAUUGAGAAUGAAGGUUUAGUUAGUAUCAUUGAAGAGAACGGUUGGAAAGGAUUGAUGAAGUUACUCUCCCAAGACCUUUGGAAAAACCAGCAUUCCAGGUUGAUGACUCCCAGAGGAGUUCAGAAGAUGUUCAAUGAGUAUAAAUUAGGAAAUACUAAGAAGAAUGAAGUUAUGGAGAGGUUAAUGAAAAUCAUGAAAGAUUGUCAAGUUUUCACAAAUGAAGAUUUGAUAUCUAAUGCACCUCAUUAUUUGGAUCAUCCUUCUGAUCGUAUUGAUUCUUUAGAAGGCCAAUGUUUCACUCGAGCUUUGGUAGAUGGAUUCAAAGUUGUACUGAUAGAUGAAUUUCAAGACUUGUUUCCUUCAGUACUGCCAAUGCUAGAAAAAAUAGCGGCCAAUAAGCAAUUGAUUCUGUUUGGGGAUUCAAAUCAAAGUAUCUACAACUUUUUGGGAGAUAAUAAAACUGUCAUUGAUAGACUGGACAAACUACAUACAGGUGACAAUUUUACCGUCGUUCAUCUGUACGAUAAUUUCAGGAGUACUCCAGAAAUUAUAUCUGUUGCUUCCAAAGUAAUGCGUCAUAAAGUGGAUCUUGACGAACUUGCAAAGAAAGACUUAGUUCUUAAGGAUCCAUCUGGUGUCUACCCUGAGUUCCAGGAAAUUGGAGAUCCUCUUGAUGAGCUAGAGGCUCUUACUGAAAAAAUAUGCAUGUUGGUUUGUUCCGGAGCUACUCUUUCAGAUGUGGCAGUCUUAGCUAGAACUAAUGCUCAUGUGCAAAUAAUUGCUGAUCAUCUGCGUUUUUAUGGUAUCCCGUUUCGAAAGCUGACAGCACAACCGGAUUGGAUUUCAGAUUCAAGAGUACAAUUUUUAAUAGGUCUUCUGAGGACAGUGGUAUUGGUUAGAAGAGGUAUAUUUGAAGAAUCAGAUCCAUUGGCGGCAAAAAGAAGUGAUUUCAGCGUUAUUGUCACUUUGAGUGCCAUUAGAGGAGUUGGUAAUCAAGCAAUACAAAGUUUAUUUAGAGUUUGCAAUGAAAAGAAGGUAUCUCUUUGGAACUAUAUUACGGAGGUCCCCAAAAAUGAAUGGCCACCCGCAGUAACUAAUAGGAAGAAGAUCGAAGGCUACAUCACAAUGAUUUCGCAUUUGAUGGAAGAAGAUCCUCUUGUGGAGAUUGAGGAUCCUUUACAAUUACUUACGAGAAUUAGUGAAGCCGCUUACUCUUUAGAUUUUGCACCUAUGGUAAUAAAAAGUGAACGUGAAAUACACGAAUUUAAAGCAAAUUUACAAGAGAUGUUCAGAGUUAUGAAAAUUUGCUCUCUAAACAGAUCACCGGAAUCUUCACUUGCUGAUUGGUUCUUAGAGAGCUAUGUGGAACAAGGUGCUAUUCAACAUCAUCAGGAUGUAGAAUUUCAAUCAGAAGGGUUAGGAGCUGUUAAUCUUUCAACCAUUCACAGUUCAAAAGGGUUAGAAUUUCCUGUAGUUUUUCUAAUCGGUGGUUUAAAUCAUUUCCCCAUGGAACAGAAUUUGUUAUACGUUGGGAUGACUCGUGCAAGGAAUCUACUCUAUUUAAACAAUAUUAAGCAUGCUAGUAUCUCAUCAAACGCAAACACCAGAGAAAGUGGUUCUGCAUUACUGAAUGAUAAAUUUUGGAAUUAUUACAGUCAAGAUAUGAAAAGGCCCACCUUGCAUUCUGCCGCUGAUAGCAUUAAAAAAUACGAAAUGAUACGAAAAAAAUACGGGUUUAAUUUUAUCGGCAAAAGAACAAUUACAACCUGGAAUUACAAACAUGCUAUCUCAUUAUUUAAACGUCUAAUACGAUGA